AUGUCUUCUCCUCGUGCUUCCUCGCCCGAAGGCGCUGCCACUGGCGCCAGCCUCAACCGUCCCUCGUCGCCCACGCCCCCUGGCGGUCCCCGAACGGCCAUUCGUCGCCGCGCCGCUGCCGACCAGAAGGAGAAGAUUGCCAAUGCCCGUCCCAGCAGCACGCGCUCGGCCGGCGCUGGCGGCUCCAGCAGCACCAUGCUGAGACUCUACACUGAUGAGUCUCCCGGUCUCAAGGUCGACCCCGUCGUUGUUCUCGUUCUCUCUCUUGUCUUCAUCUUCAGCGUUGUUGCUCUUCACAUUAUUGCCAAGAUUACCCGAAAAUUCUCGAGCUAA